AUGGCAUCAAAACGCGCAGCAGAAUUUGAAGCGGACGAGGCUCCCAGGAAACGUCGCAAUCAGAGACACAUAAAGUCUUCCAAGUCACACUCGACCAUCGAUCCGAAUUAUGGCCAACGGUCUAUUUUCGGUGACCUCGAAUGCCUCACCACUGCACCAACAGGUGACAGUGACUUGGACUGUGAGGAUGAUGCUGAAGCAAUGGCAUACCUCAAAUCUGUCAGAGUACAAGCAUCAGCAAUCCCACAUGUGAUUGCUGCUAGCAAAGCCGGUCCACAACCACCCCCCAAACCUCUUCCGAAGCCUUUAGGUGAUUCUUGCGACCAAGACGAAAACGAAGACGGAGAUACAGAACCUCUCGAUCGGAGCAUUUAUCAGAACGGGACGGGCGAUUUCAGAGGAUACUACCAAGACGGAGCGUAUAUCGCCUAUCCACCAGGCUACUUUGAUCAGGACGAGAAUGAAGUUGAAGAAGAGUAUGGAGAAGAAGACUAUCAAGACGAGAACUGCGGCGACGAAGAAGGCGAGCAAGCAGAAAAGGGAGACGCUCCAGAGCUAGAAUACGAAGACGAAUCAAGCCUCGAGUCCAGUGAAGAUGGCCCACAUAAUAGCAAUUCAGACGAGAUCCGCGAAGCCUACUUCACAUCCCUCGUCAACCGAUACGUGGCAUUGCGCAAAGUCCUCCAUACCGAUCCACCGCGCCACCUUCUCGAAUCCCUCCCCAUCUCGAACCCGACUGAAGUAAGCGGGUUUGGGCACUCGACCGAUGCGUUCGUUAAGUGGAGCGGUCGCCUCAGGGGCACGGAUCCACUACCUGCUCAAAUCGCGAGCAUGCACAAGGAUAGUGUCUUUCGACUAUUGCGCGUCAUCCUAAUCGGCAAGUUUCUACGCAAGAACCACCAGCUCUGGGUGCGUACCAGUAGAUGGAUAUGGGCACUACUAGCACGCCUUCCCGACCGAGGCGAGCUCGACUACCAAGAGAUUGGCUGGAUUCGCGAACUGGGGAAGAAGGCGGUUCUGAUGAUGGUUAGUCUCUCCGAGAUUGAAAUUCUCAAAGAACACUACGAGGUUGGCGGCAGCAGUGCCGGAAGUCAGGUGGGAGAUGAAUUCAAUCAUGACGAAGGCAUUGACGAAGAGCUAAGCCCGGACGAUGGCUAUGAGUACGAUUCCAUCGAGAAUGAUAUCAUCGACCCGAAUACCCAACUUUCAGAAGGCCCGAACGGUGAGACAGCCAAGGAUAUUGAAUCAUCUGCCGAGGGCGAGGAGGUCAUGGCUGGAAAUACUGAGGGUACUAAAGCCAAUCACGUGACUGAUGCUGAGAACCCAGCUGCAGACGAUAUAAUCCUAGAACCAGCAGACGUGGAGAUGGAGAUUGACUCAGAUUCAGGGGAGGAAGGGGAAGUAUUCGAAGAACCCCCGCGAGCACAAGAACCGCUAGCUGACAUAGAGAUGGCUAAGGAGCGCCUCCUCUCCCAGCUCAGGGCCCAAGACACGGACCCCAAUACCGACGCUCUUGCAGACACAGACCCUGACGCAGGCGCAGAAGUAGAAGACGCCCCCCUCACCACCCUAGAGCAAGAAGCCUUCGCAGCCCUCGACGCCGAGGAAGAAGAGAAGCAACAAGAGCUUCGUGAACAGACCUUGCGAGCUAGGAUCAAUGAGCGCGCUACGCUCAACAUGAUCCUCACGGUUGCCGGUGAGUUCUACGGACAGAGGGACCUUCUCGAGUUCCGGGACCCGUUUGGAGGACUGCAGGUUGAGUAGUAGGUAGUUAGGGUGGGUAGAUGCCUUUGCUAUGCCAUGUGUACCUAGUAGGUAAAGACAGACAAGACUAUAGACUGGGCCAGACUGCUCUGUUUUCCUCUUCUAUCGAGGCUGGACUCGUUCAAUGGCACCGCCAGCCACAGUACUUGAGGAUAACAUCAUUACUACAGGUGGUAUAUACCGUAGGUAGGUAGGGUAGCAGAAUACCUAAGCUGAGUGAAUAUGCAUGCGCAAGUUCACAAAGUAGGUAGUCUCAGUCAAGAAUAAUACAAUAAUAAUCAUAAUCAUAAUAGACAGAAGUCAAUCUCGAUUUGUUCUCAUGAUGAUGAUGAUGCAUGUCCCAAGAUAUGAUACAUGCCGGGAAAGUCAUUUAAAACGAAAAAUCAAUCCCAAUGACCCUCUAACCAACUUAUUCUUCCUGCUGGUGGGCCUCAUUGUGUAAUGUUCCUCAAGUGAACCCCGGAU